GCCACCACUACUAUCACCACUACUACUACAAGGACAAACACCGCUACCACUUCAAAUACAACACUAUUACUACUACCACUUCAACUUCUACCAGCACUAUACCAACAGCUACUAUGACCAUGAACACUACAGCUACUACCACAAUUACUACCACUUACUACCACUAUACCACCACCACUACUAUUAAUACUACUAGUACCACCAUUACCACAAUAACCACCCCUUCCACCACGACCACUACAACUACUACCACUAUUACCACUACUACUUCCACCUCUACUACCACGGCCACUAUUAUUAGUACUACUACCACUACAGUUAAUACCACUACUACCACUAUCACUACCAUUACCACUUCCACUACUUCCACCCCAACUACAACGUCCUCUCCUACAGCUAUUACCACGACCACUUUCACAACUACUACCAUUACCACUACUACCACCAAAACCACUACUUCCACUACCCCGACUAUCACUACCACUACCACCACUUACACAAACCACUACUACCGCUGCUUAAAUUACCACCCCCACUACCAUUGCUACCAGUACCAGCACAACACCACAAAUACUACUACCACUACCACUUACACUACCACUGCUACCGCUACUACCACCACCACCACUACUACCAUCACUGCCACUACAACGACUACCAAAACUACAAAUACUAACACCACCACCACACAAAAGGACCUUGUUGUCCCCUCUCAGAACCAGCUGUUUGUGGCGCAGCUGGCCGGCACUCUCACAACGUAG